AUGGUUCGUCCGGUUGGAAAGGCAGCUCGACGAGCAAAACCUCCCAACAGCCACCCGCGCAACCUGCCGCCGCCAUUGAUCCAGCUCAUUGCAACGUUUCUUCCUGGGGACUCGUUCUUUAACUACCUGCGUGCAUUUCAAUGGACCCAUUCACUCGGAGACCUACGACACUUCUUGACCCUUGUGAACGAGGGCAUUGUCGACGCCAGCGAUGUGUGGCCAGAACUGCAUUUGCGUUGGGUGGACGCAGCGAAUGUAAAUAAGUUCCAUCGAAUGGCCAAGUUUGUGUCGGUGGUGCAUGCCCACGACGGCGUCUUCGACUUGGAGUGGCUGGAGCGAAUACUGACUCCAGCCAUUUCGUUGGCGCUGCAAGCAUGGCCUAGCGACGUCGACCUGUCCAUUCCAAUCCAAGAUUGGGGCCCUCAGUUGGCAAGACGAAUGCGAGUGUCCCAUCUGUCGUUUGCCGAUUUUGGUCAAUCCGGCGGUAGCGGUGGUGGCCACAUGGUAACGCUGCUGCCUCAGCUGCCGCACCUGCGCUCGUUGAACGUGGAAGAGCUCGAUGCAGAGUUCGUGGACGACGUAUUCGACUUCGUGUGCUGCUCCAAAUUGACUCGUUUGACCUUGGGGUCAUAUUCCGUUCCAGUGGUCAUCACGACCGAGCGAGCGUUGGCGCUGACAAUGUGGCUCAAGCGAGAGCCCGUGCAAUUGCUCGAGUUAAACCAUUGCUCGUUUGAAGAGGGCGCGCAUCUCCGUACGAUCCAUCGACUUCUCGACGCCGUGUUUCGAUCACCCAUGGAAUCCCUUGUGCUGACGAACAUGACAUUUGACUCCGAGUUGAGCACAUGGCAGCCAAUUCCGAUUGCUUCUCGUCGUGUGACCUUCGAGAGUACACCUCUGUCCGACACGCAAGCAGCGUUGCUCUUCCGAGGGCUUUGCAAAGGCGCCACCACUCAUCUCCACGUGAACGACAUGAAACUGACCUUGCCAGGCAUGGCCUCGUUAUCGUCCGCCAUCGCUGACUCCCCAUUGCAAGUGGUCACUGUCGAACAUACGACCAUGGACGGAGAAGGGUGGGGAUGUGUGGCGAAGGCGAUCGCACGCUCCAAGCACCUCCGAGAACUGUACCUCCUCCGAACAGGCCUCCUAGACUGCGACGUUGCUGACAUCGCCAACGCGCUCGUGAACGCUUCGUUGGUUCGAGUUGUGCAUGUCGUGGGGAACGCCAUCCGCUUUGCAGGGGCCGUGGCCCUUGUGCAAUGCCUCGGUCGUCGCCGGCAUGCGUUGAAUGAACUCAAGAUGGAAGGGCUGGCCGUGUCGGAGGACGAAGCCGCGGUGCUGCAAUCGAUGGCGGACGGAUUUCCCAUGUUGAAGCGAUGUGUGGUCACGACCAACGUGGCCAUGCACGUCGCCAUGCAGAGCUUUUAGUUGGGAAUACAGUAUAUGUGCUUCGCAAACUGAAA